AUGAAGAUUGUCGCCGCUUACUUGCUCGCCCAACUAGGAGGCAACACCUCCCCCACCGCCGAAGACUUGAAGACCAUUCUCGGAUCUGUUGGAGCAGAUGCUGAUGAUGACAGGAUUGAGUUGUUGUUGUCCAGCGUUAAAGGAAAGGACAUCACAGAGCUGAUUGCUUCCGGUAGGGAGAAGUUGGCUUCCGUCCCUAGCGGUGGUGGUGUUGCUGUUGCUGGCGGUGGUGCCCCUGCUGCCGCUGCUGCCCCUGCUGCUGAGGCUAAGAAAGAGGAGAAGGUUGAAGAGAAAGAGGAGUCUGAUGAUGAUAUGGGUUUCAGCCUCUUCGACUAA